UUUUGAUAGUGGUUCGGGAACUAUAGGCAUUAUGAGCUCGUCUCAAAAUUGAAUUCAUUCGACGAUUCGGUCCUUAUCGAGACAUGUAACUGAUAGUUUACGGAAAAAUUAAUUGUUGUUGUUGGUGAUGGAAACGUAAAAAGAACUCCGAAAAAGGACAAACACUAGGAACCACUGUUUGAUGGUCCGAAUCGGAAAAUGUCCGACAGUGAAGACAGCGAUGGAGAAGGAGGAUUGGGUAAUGUUAGUCGGGUCAUCAUUCGGCCACCAGGACAUAGUGGAAAAGCAAAGAGAGGUCAUUUAUGCUUUGACGCGGCAUUUGAAACUGGAAAUUUGGGCAGAGCCGAUCUGGUUGGCGAAUUCGAAUACGACCUUUUUCUCCGUCCAGACACGUGCAAUCCACGAUACAGAUUUUGGUUCAAUUUUACCGUCGACAACGUGAAGCAAGAUCAACGGGUAAUCUUUAACAUCGUCAACAUCAGCAAAAAUCGAAACUUAUUCAAAGAAGGCUUAACACCGUUGGUCAAGUCAUCUGGACGCCCGAAGUGGCAACGUCUACCACGACAACAUGUCUUCUACUAUCGUUCACCAGUCCAUCAAAACCAUUACGUGCUCAGCUUUGCAUUUGCUUUUGAAAAGGAGGACGAAGUCUAUCAAUUCGCUGUGGCACCUCCAUACAGUUUUUCGAGGCUUCAAUCCUAUCUGGGGGUUCUAGAAACCAUUUUCCCUAACACUUUCGAACGAACGGUUAUCGGUAAGACAUUGCAAGGAAGAAAGUUGGAACUUGUUACAGUGGACCAUGUGGAGAAACCACUGAAAGUUGAUAGCAAGAACUUGAUCAGAGUAAUUGUGAUUCUUGUGCGAACGCAUCCGGGAGAGAGUCCAGCAUCAUUUGUGUGCCAAGGAUUCAUGGAAUUUCUCCUAAGUCAUCAUCCGAUGGCCAGCAUUUUGCGCGAGAAUUUCGUGUUCAAAAUAAUACCGAUGGUGAAUCCGGACGGUGUAUUUCUGGGCAAUAACCGGUGCAACUUGGUCGGACAAGAUUUGAAUCGCUGUUGGAAUGUGUCAUCCGAAUUCUCGAGUCCGACCAUUCUAGCCAUAAAGGAGUUGUUGAAAGAGAUCGACAAUUCAGAUUGCUACCAAAUCGACUUCGUCAUCGAUUUCCAUGCGCACAGCACGCUGAAUGGAUCGUUCAUUUAUGGUAAUACGUACGAGGACGUGUACCGCUACGAAAGGCAUUUGGUUUUCCCGAAAUUGCUGUCGACAAACUGUGACGAUUUUAACCAGCCCAAUAUGCUGUUCAAUGCAGACGAACGUAAGCAAGGUUCGGCAAGGAGAUUUUGCUGUGAACGACUUUCCGAUACCGUUAACUCGUAUACGUUGGAGGUUUCGAUGUGUGGCUUCUACGUCAAAGGAACCGAUAUCUUGACCCAGUACACCGAAGAUGGAUACAUGCGAUUCGGCCGUAACGUAACCCGCACAAUUUUCGAGUACUACCGCUUCACCAAUGUCCUUGCCAUCCCGCUUAUGACCGAAAUCCAUCCACGCAAAGGACGCCCGAAAACGCAUCGUCCUCGUGGUCGAUCGCGUGUCAAGCAAGAGGUAAAAGUUCGCCCGAAAACCACUCGUAUCAACGCACCGAUCAGCUACACAGAUCUGUCGAUUCGAUACGACAGCGAUACAUCGAACGAUGGUUCGCCCGUUCGCUAUGGACAGUACGGUUACGGAUUCGGCACAAGGUCGUCGGGAAACAUUUACAUGAACAUGAGUCACGACCAGUUUUCAUUGCUGGCGAUACAGUCGUCGAAAUUCAACAAUUUGGACUUUUCGAAUGAAUUCAAGGGACCGGCGUUGCCGAAAAUACAUACCACUGUGUCGACGACAACGAAUUACAUGAAAAGCGGUGCUGAAACGUUGAAUGUGCCGCCGAAACCGUGCUUAUCGAUUAUCGAUUUCAAUCAGUUAACUAGAGGUGGAUUGGAACAGGCCACGAAGAGAUUUAAUGAGGAGAGGAGAGGCAAGACUAAGCAACAGUAAGACCGGGACUGGUUUCCAGGCGAGCUAAAGGAAACAAUUUUCAUUUUUCAUUUCUCAAUCGAAAACGAUUAAAUUUUCGUCUUUAAUGUGUAGCUUUUCCAACGACAUUUUUAUCGAAUUUAUAAACCGACCCGUACCAC